AUGCCAGUAUUUAAUCUCGAUUUCUCAUCGCCGCAUCGGCCGGCGCAUUCUUCGCCAUUGUCGUCAUCACCCAUCAGAGCCAGUUCCCCGCCGCCUUUAUCACAUCGCGACCCGAACACACUUCCUCGCUUUGACACCCAGUCUUCGCCCAUACGAGAAUCAUCUACCAAGUUCAAGUUCGCUCGUAAUGUGAAGCCGAACCCGUUAAGACAGAACCGAGAGAAUGCGCAAGAGAGCAGACGAAACCUGUUCCUUCGGAAUGUACGGAAGCGGGCAGAUGAUAGACAGUGGGAGAGAAGAGGGGGCGACCAAGAGACUUUAAAGCUCGAAUGGUCGAUAUUGGACAGGCAACGAAGAGAGCAAAAGAACGCGGAUAUCGAUGGCAUCGUAUUUGAGGAUGAGAUCGAUGAGAUCCUAGAUUUUCAGCGCCGGCAACCGGAGGACCCCGAUGAAAUGAUGGUCGACGCAAUGGCACAGGAAGAAGAGGCUGAGCUAAAUGCGAUGCUAUCCAUGCUUGAGACCCACUCAUCUCAACCACGCGCAGAAACAAAACCGUCGACACUUGCCGAUGAUGACGACUAUGAUGAUCUCUUCAUGGACUUCCUAUCGCAACAGAGCCAAAAUAACCACAACGCAAACCAAGUGUUCGCAUCUUCGGGACAGAUGGACAUGUCGUGA